AUGAAGGCAAGUAAUAUGGAUAACUGUUGGAAGAAAAAAUCUCCCAGACAGCAAAAUGAACUUUUUACACUAAGUAACCUGCCACAUUAUUUGUGCAUGCGUAAAGAAGUGCAAGUUGCCAGUCUUCAUCUGGGGAUCGGAAAUGGAGAAAAUGUUCUAAGUGGAUUUCACUUAAGAGAUUUUUUGUGUUUUCCUGCAGAGAAUGGCAAAGUCACAGACAUUUCGUCCUCUGCACUGACAACUGUCCCAAGCAACUUACUAAACCAGACAGAAGUAUUGGAUUUAUCACAAAACAACAUCACUGAAAUUUAUAUCCAGGACUUUGCUUCUCUUCGCUGGUUGAGAAAUCUGAACUUGUCCAGCAAUAGAAUCAACAAUGUAGCAAGUGCUUCCUUCAGGUCUAAUCAAAAUCUAGAAUGUUUAGACCUUUCCAAGAAUGAACUUUCAAGUAUUGAAUGUCAAUUUUUAUAUAAUGUUAUAUCUCUCAAAUACUUGGAUAUUUCUUAUAAUCGUUUUCAUCAGCUGACCCUUGGGAAAGCAUUUAGGUUGUUGAAAAAUCUGGAAUAUUUAGGACUAGGCAGUAGGGAAACAAUAAACUUACAGAAAAAUGAUCUGAAAGAAAUAUCAGGAAAACAGUUUCAAGAAGUUUCAAUCGGAUUAAAAUAUUUGUCUGAAUAUGAUCCAGGUACUUUAACGGUUUUGAGAACUACUAAACUCCGCAUUACUUUGCCAUCUGCUGGCACAGAAGAUUUACUUAAAAAGGUCUUGCGUGAUGCCUUCAUCUCUUCUGAUACUUUGAAAUUAUCAAACAUUGAUUGCUCUCAAGUAUGUAUCAAUUAUAUUGGUGGCUUUCAAACAGUAGGAAAAUUGUCAAGGGUUAGUAGUUUGUCGUUAGAAGAUUUAACAAUCUCUUGGCAAGAUUUAAUGAGCAUAGCAGAGCCUAUUUGGGAGACACAUAUUAAACGUAUAAGUAUUUUGAAUGUAACAUUAAAUGCCGUUAAAGAUAGUGCAUUUCAGUAUUCAGGCAAAGAAUUGGAAACAUUAAUUUUAAGAAGAUUAAGAGUCACUGUAUUCUACUUCAAUCAACCAAUCAUUUAUAAUUUCUUUGCUAAAAUAAAAGUUAAAAAUCUAAUUAUUUCUAAUUCAGAUUUGAUCUUCCUGACCUGUCCAGAGCAAGGAAACCAUUAUAAGUUCAUGGACUUUACAGAUAAUUCAAUUACCAGUGAUUUUUUCUUCCAAGAGUGUGAUACCCUAAUUCUUUUGGAAACCCUUAUCUUACAGCAGAACAAAUUAUUUCAUUUUUACAAAUUGAGUACAAUGACCCAAGGUAUGAAAUCCCUUAAAUAUAUGGAUGUGAGUCAAAAUCAACUUACUCUUAAUGAGAAAGGAAAAUGUCUUUGGACCAACAGUUUAAAGAAACUGAACCUGUCAUCAAACAGUCUGACAGAUUUGGUUUUUACGUGUUUACCCAGUAACCUGGAAGUCCUCGACAUGGAGAAAAAUGAUAUUUAUAUUGUGCCCAAAGAAAUAAAUAAUCUGGAGAUGUUGAUGGAAUUAUACCUUGGCUUUAAUAAGUUGGUUAGACUGCCUGAAUGUGGCAACUUUAGAAAUCUUGAGAUUUUGUAUGUUCAGGAAAACUUAUAUCAGGAACCUUCUACCAAUUUCCUUCAAACUUGUCAAAGGCUGACCAGACUGAAUGCUGCCUCUAAUCCAUAUGCAUGCACCUGUCAUCUGAGAGACUUCAUCAGGAUGAAGAAAAAUACCCAAAUAGAACUGGUGGGAUGGCCGGAGUCAUAUCAGUGUACUUAUCCAUUGAAUCUUAGAGGAACUCUGCUGAGGGAUUUCCAAAUAUCAGAAAUGAUGUGCAACACAGCUCUUUUAUUGGUGAUUAUACUGGGCAGUAUGAUUGUUUUAGCAGUUGUAAUGACACUGACAUGUCAUUUUUUGGACUUGCCUUGGUAUUUGAGAAUGAUUUGUCAAUGGACCCAGGUGAAGCGCAGAACGAUGAAGACAGACAGCCGCCAAUUAAGUGAACAUUUGAUCUAUCAUGCUUUUGUGUCUUAUAGCCAUAAUGAUUCUGGGUGGGUGAAGGAACAGUUGUUGCCAAACUUGGAAGAACGAGAAAACCCAUUCAGGAUAUGUCUUCAUGAAAGACAUUUUAUUCCUGGCAAAGGAAUUAUUGAAAAUAUAAUCAAUUGUAUAGAGAAGAGUUACAAAUCAAUAUUUGUGUUGUCACCCAAUUUUGUUCAGAGUGAGUGGUGUCAUUAUGAACUUUAUUUUGCGCAGCACCAGGUAUUAAGUGAACAGUCUGAUAAUUUGAUACUGAUUGUUUUGGAGCCAAUUCCUCAAUACAUGAUCCCAUCCAAAUAUUAUAAACUAAAAUCACUUAUGGCAAAGAAGACUUACUUAGAAUGGCCUAUAGACAAAAGCAAACAGAGACUAUUCUGGGCCAAUUUGCAAGCAGCAAUAGGAAUAAAACUAGCUGUUUCAACAGAGGAGACAUUGCUGUAAAUCGUGAUCUAUUGAAUUCUGAGCUGUGUCUUAUUAACUUUCAUUGUACUCUAUUUUUAAUUCUCUUCAUUCAAUAAUAAUGUUUUGUAGAAUUAUAUUGAUAGAAGAUAAUCCAGAGAUUACUGAUGCAAUUACCCAAGAAAAUCUCUUUUGGUGGGGUUUUGGCUGCAAUCAUAUGUUGUCUUCAGCCUGAAAGAUCAAAUUGAAGGAAAAUAGUAACAUGCAAAUCAAGCAAGGAAAGCAGGAACAUUGGAUAAAAGUUGGAAUGGUGGGAGGGGAAAAGUGGGACGGGGUGGACAGACGGGUAGGUGAUGAAGAGAGAGAUAGCCAGUAGGCACAUUGAGGUUCUAAAAUGAUAGUUGGAAAUGGACAUCACAGACUCCAUACAGCAAAAUACAGCUAGUAAGGGACUUGGUGCAUGAGGUACUACAGGCUCUAUAUAGCAAAGCAAGAGCUUGAAAUAGACAUAGUGCAUUCGGCACUACAGGCUCCAUACACCAAAACAAAGGAGUUAGAAAUGCCUUUUAAGAAAAAAAAGACAUGAAAUAUGCUGGCUAAGCCAUGUACAAUCAUCCAUGAGAUAUCAAAAGAUGUUAGUCUUCAAGGCAGGAGGUAAGCUCCAGAAAACUUGUAGAGGUUAUUAACUUAUAUUGACAUGACUGAGGCUAGAAGUGAGAGAACCUGUAUCCAGAACCAGGACGUCCUGACAUACAUCAACCUUCUAGAAGUGGCAAGAUGCUUAAGAAUAAUUACAGCAAAAUAAUAGAUAAACAUUUUCUAUGCGUACAGGUGUGAAUGUCGUUUGAUUGUCUCAAAAUUCUUCCAUAGCUACAACUGAUUUUACCUUUGAUUUCUCUCUUUUUUUUUUGUUUUGGGACUACUGUGACCAUUGUCCCUUUUAUAAGGGGUGCUCUUUUAUUUUUGCUAGUUGUUUUCCCAUCUAUGAUCAUACAAGUAUUAUUUAUGAGAUACUUUGAUUUCAGUAUUAGAUUCAUUUAAAUUAUUCAAAUAUUUCUUUGCUGAUGAUCCUAGAGUAUCAUUUGAAAUUUGAUAAUGUGAGUUCAUAAUCUAUUACAAUCCAUGAUACUGUGAUCGAAUGUCUUUCUUUCCCAUCCUAACAAGGGCCUCAACCAAAAAUGUUGACUAUCAGUUUCCCUCCAUAAAUGCUAGCUGACCUGCUGAGUUCCUCCAGCAUUUUAUGUGUGACUGUAAUUCAUAGAGCUAUUGAGCAAUGCAGCAUUAAUACAGGUUCUUCAGCCCAAUUAAUCCAUGCUGACCAUGGUGCCCACCCAGCUGGUCCCAAUUUUCUGCAUUUGGCCCAUAUCCAUUAAAGCUCACUCGUCUAUGUACCUGUUCAAGUGCUUUUUAAAUGGUACUAUUGUAAACGCCUUAACGAGUUCUUUGGCAGCUGGUUGUGUAUAUGCACCACCCUCUGCAUGGAAACAGUUGCCCCUUAUGUCCUUUUAAAUCUUUCCCCUCUCUCCCUAAACCUAUGCCCUCUAGUUAUUGACUCCACCACCCUGGGGAAAAGUGUGAUACCAUCCACCUUAUCUAAACACCUCAUAAUUUAAAACUUUUCUGUACAAGUUGCUCCUCAUUCUUCGACAUUCCAAAGAAUAAAAACCUUACCUGACUACCUCUCCCUAUAUCUCAGGCCCUCAAGUCCAGACACACCUUUGUAAAUCCUUCCUGUAAUCUUUUCAGUAUAAUCACAUCUUUCCUAUAACACUGUCAUCAAAACUGUACACAGGACACCAAGUACAGGCUGACCAACGAUCAUAGCUGACUCAAAGCUCUGGGCCUGAAGAUAUUCACUUAAAUUUAUGAUUGUGUACAAAACUUUCCAGAAAAGAACUUCAUGAUAUGUAUUUUAAAUUGGUGCUUUUUUUGUGGAUUUAUUUCAAAUAAAGUUUACUGAAGCAACAGUGAAAAGAAAGAGUGCUUAAUCAAAAAUUUUUUAAAAAAGCUCCUUCAUUCUUGAAGAACUACAAGUUACAGUUUGUGGUGGGAAAUGAACUAAAACAUCUCGUUUUAUGCAUUUACAACCUAAGUGUAAUUUAACCAUUUAAAAAAAAGGCACGCAUGCUUCCUUUAAAUCAAUUUAGUCCAUAUAUGUGUCUCCACUUACUAAACCAUUUUGGUGUUCAUGUUCUAGAUGGUAAGCAUAGAUAUGAUGAACUGAACAUGCCUGUCUUUGUAUUACAUGAUUCUACAGCUUUAUGACAGUUCUUUUAAUUUGAUGAUUGAGACAUGCUACUGAAUGUUUUUAAACUACCAGCUCAAACUAUGUUCAGA